UCUCCGUCCUUCCGCACAAUCACCGCACACACAAGCGCACGCACUCAUCAGUCAGCUCAGCCUCUCUCUCCCCCCUCUCGCUCGCUCGCGUGCUUGCACGAAAGCAAGCAAGCAGGCAGUCAGACACAACAACAGCCCCGCCGUCCUCUUGUGUGCCCCCCACCUCUGUCUGCUCCGUUCGGUUGCGUUGUUCUUCGCUUCGCACUCCUUCACUUCCCAGCUUGCGCCCCUUGAGCAUUCGACAAAGCAAACCGCGCGUGCAGUCCACCCAGACUUUCCAACGGAAAUCCCCAACAGCAACCAAGACAAGCAAGCAAGCGCACCCACCGCCACCCAAGACACCAGUCACUUCACCCAUUAGCAUCAACAAGCAAGAGCGAGAACAACAACAGCCCACAACCCACAACAACAACAACCACAACAAGCACACCUCGGACGGUGUCGAUCACAGCCACAGAGCAACUUCACCCUCCGUCUCUCUCACUUGAACAUCCACAUCAACAAACCAACGACUGCAAGUCUUUGAUCGUCUCUUCUUCUCCUCAACAAUCCCUCCUCACCCCCACACCACUUCUUCUUCUUCUCCUUCUUCCUCCUCACGAGUUUCGACCAACACAUCAGCAGCCACCAUGUCAGACCCGCUUUCUCCAUCGCGCGUCGCAGACUCCAUGUUGCGAAGCGGCAACACACCUGGCCGUACCCCAAAGCCUGGCCGCCAUAUGCUCUUCACGCCCCCGCGGCAGUUCACCCGCUUCAACCCCAACGAUCCACUCUUCCAGUCGGAGUUUACCGCGACGGCCUCCACGCUCCUCUCUGGCCUUGAUGCCGACAUCAGCGGCAUGGAAAGCAUGGUGCUGGACUCGUCCAUGAUUAUGUCUCCCUCAGGCCAGUAUGUGCUCUCUCCGCCACGCCCUGGCCAGUUUACGCUUGAAGGUGGCCUGACUGCCUUCCCAACCACAGCGACACCCAAGUUCAAGUCCCCGUCGCUCAAGCCAUUCCCUGUCAACAGCCCCUUUGCCAUGAUGUCAAGCCCUGGCAACGCAUACGCCUGCCACACUGCAGACAUUCUCAGAGGCAGCGGUGCCAAAAAGAAGCACUCGAAGCGUCGCCUGCUGGACGACAGCACCGUGAGCGACACAUCUGCGCUCGACAUGAGCUCGUCCUCCGCCAUGUCCCAGGGCGACCACGACACCUCUGUCAACGGGUUUGCCACCUCAUCGCCGCUGGGCAGGUCCGCCACCGCUGACGUGCAGGUGGUGCAAGACACAUCCCAGACGACUGCCGCUCCGACGUCUACAGCGGCCACAACAGCUGUGAUGAUGGUGCCACACAGCAUGGUGGUGAACGGACAGGCGUUUGUCCCACAAUCUCAAGUCAUGCAGCAGCCGCAGCAGCAGCAGCAGCAGUCACACCACCAGCAGCAUCACGUGUUUACUGCAACGCAGGCUGGGCAUACGGUGCAGCAGGAAGGCCAAGUGCUUCAUGUGCCCGCGCCGCAGCCCACACAGCAGCAGCAACAGCAGCAGCAGCACAUGGCAUCGACCUCCAACAGCCACAGCGAGCACACAACCGCACGCCCCACGCGCAGCAAAGCGCGAAAGGGAACGGCAACGAAGCGGGGCGAGUACAAGUGUGGCAAGUGCGGGUUCUUCCCCAAGAAGGCCAAGCACAACUGUGCACUCGAGCGAGCAAAGCGCGCUGCUUCGCAGUCAAAGACCUCACACAAGAAGUAUGCAACGUCCACGUUCCAGACACCCACACAGCAGCAGCAGACACAACACGUCCAGCAGCAACAGGUGCAGCAGCAACAUCAGAUGGUGCACCCCCACCACCAACAGCAGCAUCAGAUGGUUCAGGGCGCCCCCGCCUUUGCCGUGACCAUGGCACCAGGACAGUAUGCUAACGUGGUACAGUUGAGUCAACCACCACAGUCGCUUGAAGGCUUCCAGCCUAUGUUUACGGGCAACUGGUGAUGUUCUCUUUGGGACGGACACUGUGUGUAUGUAUGCAUGUCGAUUGCCUGUGCCUUGUGCACUGGCAAGUGUGUGCGUUUGUGGCUGUGCGUGUAUUGUGUGAUGUAUCCUGUUUGUGCACGGUUUUGAUGGCUGGAGUUUCAUAUAAUCGAAGGACGAUGAUGAUGAUGUGUGUGUGUGUUGCUCUGUCGCUUUCUUCUUUGGAUGAGGCCUUGUUGUUUUCCCCGCUGUAUCACUCGUCGAUGGUGGUGCUUCCGCGCGCGUGUGUGUGUGUAUCCUAUUCCUACUCGACGCCCUUCCCUUUCCCAUGCCUCGCUUGUUUGUAACCGUCGCAAAUGCUGGUGGUGGUGGCACUUCUUGUGCCACUUCUUCCGCGCCUCUACCCCCUCCCCCUUUCCCUCCUGUUCUUGCGCUUUCAGCCUUAUCGGUUUCCGCGCUUGUGCUCCCCAAUUUUGCUGCUUUCCCCCCCCCUGCCCAUAACUGCUGUCUUGCUUUGCGUGCAACUGUUGCUUGCAAGCACGGCAUGAUUGCGCUUUCCCUUCCUUGGCAUGCAUACUGUGCCAGGUCACCACGUGCCACUUUUGUGUGGUUCCGUGACUGGCACGCAAGCGUGUAUGCUUGUUUCAUUUGUGUAUGUGUGGUGUGUGUGUGUGUGUGUGUUUUCUUGCGCUCCUUGCCGCUGCUUCCUGCUUGGUGGUGGUGGUGGCCUGUCACGUCAUGAUAUUGUGCUGUCUUCUAGCAAGAAAUCAAAGGUUAACAGUCA